AUGCAGGAGGAUCGAAUCUCCGAGGAUCUGUCGUUCUGCCUUGGGAGCCAUCUCGUCGGAGAACUGCAGGCGCGGAGGCCGUCGCAGCGCCUGGGCCAAGGGAAACUGAUGGUCGGGAUUGCAUACAACGGUAUUCAGGUGUCCUGGCGUGACUCCGGAGAGUCCCUGCUGCCAGCUGCGCGCACGCUCCGGAGCAGUGGCGCCCCGCCCAGGCCUGGAGAAGGCCAGCCGCCAUGGGGACGUGGGCUUCGCUCGAAGCUGAAGGACAUCGUGACUGGAACAGUAAAAGCGCAGAAGCGCACAAGCCUCCAUGGACACAUGGGCUACGAACUUCAGCAGCGCAAGCAUUGCCACGGGACAUCUGCUUCGUUUGAAGCUGUCGCCUGCGCGCACGCGCGCGUCGCCGGCACGGAGCCCGAAGCCUGCGGCCCGCGCUGCCUGGCGCUGCUCUCCUCGGAUCUGGAGGAGAUCCUACGUAGCGGCCCCAAGGGAGACGCAACCUCUGGCCGCCUGAGCUUUCAGGAGGAGGUUGCUGCAGCUUCAUUGUGCUUUCGGCUACUCCUCUUCCGCCACCAGAUGCAGAAAUCUGGAGACAACUUCGGCAAGAAUCUUCCGAUGAAGUUCUUGCAAGAGUUUGCAUUCCUCUGGGAGAUGAGCCAUUUCCUGAAUUGGCAGCAUCUGCUGGAAUCUGGUUGGCCUGUGUUUGGUCUCUUUCGCCUCGUCGCGCAGCACUGGCCCAGAUCUGGCACGGCGGGAGACGAAACGGUGCGCCGCACACAUCGCGGCAAUGCGACGGCAUCGGUUUGUGAUGGGCCUUCGUCAAAGCUUCGUUCGUCAUUGGAGGCGAUGGGCUCCGACAUCGAUGGCGAGGGCCUGCGCGUUCCGGGGGUGGGCGAGCCGAAGGAGUGCGGCUGGCAGGAGAUCGCAGCAAUCCUACAUCUCGAGAGUGAAUCGCUUGGGAAGCUGCUCAUGACAGCCUGGCUGAUCUACAACGCGAACUCUUACCGGUACCACAUGUACAAUGGCAAGUCCUUCGCACCCCUGGAAGACAUGCCCUUCUACGAAAUGGUGCUACACCGGUCCUGGGAGCAAAGUCUGCUGGGACUCACCGGCGACGCCUCGCAAGGGCAAAGAGGAACUGUGGAGACGGCGGCGCAGCUGUUGCAGAGCCGAUGGGAUCCCUGGGAUCUUCUGAGCUCGCUGGAAGUGCUCCACCUACAUCGCUCCUGGAGGCUGUUCAAGGAGAUCCUGCCUGUGCAGCCCGUCAUUGUCGAGGCCGGUGCCAAUGACGGCAUUCACGAGGCGAUUUGGCUCCAG